AACCCCCUCUGUGACUGAAGGUGUGGUACCAUGUUGGAAUUAAAUAAGGUGGCGCUCCUGCUGUCUGUGCUGGCUUCAGUGGCUCUGGGCCAAGGACUUGUGAGGACCAGGAGCCCGUCGGACCGGAGCAGGAGAGUCGCCCUCAACACCUUCGCUGACGCACAGACAACAGGCGUGACGGAGUGGACGUCUUGGUUCAACAUCGACCACCCCGGAGGGAACGGAGACUACGAGCGCCUGGAGGCCAUCCGCUUCUAUUACCGGGAGAGGGUCUGCGCUCGGCCCACCGCCAUGGAGGCUCGCACCACAGACUGGGUGGCACCGGCAGACACCGGCGAGGUGGUCCACUCCAGUCUGGAGAAGGGCUUCUGGUGCGUCAACAACGAGCAGCCCCGGGGCCGCGUCUGUUCCAACUACCACGUCCGCUUCCAGUGUCCCCCAGUGCAGAGCUACUGGACUAAUUGGAGCGAGUGGGGUCCCUGCUCCACCGCGGUGUGUAACGACGUGGGCAUCCAGGUCCGCCAGAGGAAAUGUGUGAACACUCAGCCCAUGCCUCUGCUGCUGGUGCCGGCGUGCAUCGGGCACCACUCGGAAAGGAGGGAGUGCUCCAACCCGCCGUGUACCGCCAAGUGGGGCCCGUGGGGUCGGUGGGGGACGUGUUCGGCGACCUGUGGUGGUGGUCGCAGGAUUAGGAGGAGGACCUGCGCGAGGAGCUCGGAGACCGUUCAGUGCACCGGGCGGCCUGCUGAAAUACAGAAGUGUGGGAGGAGUCCAUGCCCAGACAAAUGUCAGCUCGUGUGCAGCGAGGGCCGCCCCAGCGAGGACUGCAGCCGGUGCGCGUGCGACGACCACGUGCUGCACGGCGAAGUCCACGGUGUGACCGGCGUGCCCGUGGCCGAAGCCUGGGUGGCCCUGGACAGAGAGCCCAAGGUGAUCCGCGCCCUUACAGAUGCCAAAGGUCAGUUCAGGAUCACGGGAAUCUGCUCCGCCAGCUCCGGCGCGAUCUCCAUCAGGAAGGAGAAGUUCGCCCCGAUCACCGUCUCCGCCGCCAACAACGGCACCGGGUUGUCAUGGGUACGGGCUGUCCUCAGAUCAGCCGAGAAGCCGUACGUUGUCAAACACCCGGAGGACAAAGUGCGUUACGAGGGAGGACGGGUGAUGAUGUGCUGCAAGGCAACGGGGUCACCGCCGCCUGACAAAUACUACUGGUACCACAAUGGGACUCUUCUGGACAGGAAGCUGUACAAAUAUGAAGAGGACCUUGUCCUGUGGAGCCUGAAGCCGGAGCAGUCCGGGCAGUACUACUGCAAGACCAGCAGCUCUGCGGGCAGCAUCAAGUCCUCUCCAGCCCUCCUCACUGUAAUCGCAAAAGGACAGCCAUCGUGCAACUCCACCCCCGAGAUGCACCUCAUCAGACUGCCGAUGGACUGCGUUCAACCCGGGACUGACUCCAUGCACUACAACACUGGCCGCUGCCUUCACAACAAAUGCGCUGGCUCCCUAGACUUUGAUAUGCGCUGCAGAGACGAAGCCGGGUUCUGCUGCGGGGUCAAAGACAUGGAAAGUCGAGUCAUCAACUGUGGGAGCUACAUCCUCCCGAUCCGGGCUGUGACUCAGUGCAGCUGUCAGAAGUGUUUGCAGCCCACUGUGCUGGUUCGUGGCAGAGUGGUCACGGCUGACAAUGGUGAGCCGCUGCGUUUUGGGCACAUCUACAUUGGUAAAGAGAGGGCGGGCACCACCGGAUACCAAGGAGGGUUCACGUUGCAAAUUCCUCCCGAUACGCAGAGAUUAGUGGUCAAUUUUGUUGACCCCACUGAGAAGUUUCUUGACACUCCCAAAGUGUUCAUCCUCGAUAAGAGAGGUGGGUCCAUCUACCACGAUGUGAAGGUGAUGAGAAAGAAGGCACCAAUUGACAUCAAUGCCGGAGAGACCAACUCUAUUAACCUCGGGGAAAUUAAUGGCGAAGACCCCAUUGGUCAGUUGGUGAUUCCUCCCAACUCCUUCCACAAGGAGAAUGGAGAAAUCUACGAGGGAACUGUGAAAGCGAGCGUCACAUUCAUUGACCCGAGAAAUAUCACCACGGCGGCCGCAGCACCUGGCGAUCUCAACUUUGUGGACGGUGAGGGCGACAUGCUCCCUUUGAGGACCUAUGGCAUGUUCUCUGUGGACUUCAGAGAUGAGUCCAACAAGGAGGUACUCGGAGCUGGAGCUGUUCAAGUUCUCCUAGACACGCAGCACGUCAAAAUGCCGGAGCACAUUCCCAAAAUGAAACUGUGGUCUCUAAACCCGGACACAGGAGUCUGGGAAGAGGAGAGCGACUUCUCCUACACCACGACAACUGCCGGCGGUCAUGGACGGAGCAAACGAGAGGAACGCACAUUCCUCAUAGGCAACAUGGAGAUCAGAGAACGUAGGCUCUUCAAUCUGGACGUGCCUGAAAACAGACGCUGCUACGUCAAAGUCCGUGCCUACAUGAGCGACAAGUUCCUAUCUAGUGAACAGCUGGAGGGCGUAGUGAUCACCUUGAUAAAUUUGGAACCUAAACCUGGAUUUUCCUCCAACCCUAGGGCAUGGGGCCGCUUCGACAGCGUGAUAACUGGAUCCAACGGGGCCUGUUUACCGGCUUUCUGUGAUGCCCAAAGGCCCGAUGCUUACACAGCUUAUGUCACAGCAAUGAUGGGUGGGGAAGAACUGGAGGCAGCUCCCUCCUCCCCCAAGAUGAAUCCAAACAUCAUUGGCGUGUCCCAGCCAUACCUGGAUAAAAUAGACUACCAGCGCUCAGACCACGACGAUCCGGCUCUGAAGAAAACGGCCUUCAAAAUCAACUUGGCGAAGCCGAACCAAAAUAAUUUUGAUGAGACGAAUGGGCCAAUAUAUCCGUAUCAGAAUGCAUUAAGUUGUGAAAAUGCCCCUAUUGAUGCGAAUCAUUUCAGAUUCUUCAGAGUGGAAAAGGACAAGUAUGAAUACAAUGUUAUUCCCUUCGAGGAGAACGAUUUGACGACCUGGAUGGGAGACUACCUCUCCUGGUGGCCCAACCCCCAGGAGUUCAGAGCAUGCUUCAUCAAGGUCAAGAUCCAUGGACAGAAGGAAGUGAUGGUCAGGUCGAGGAAUCUCGGGGGAACACACCGAGAAACGAAAGGCAAACUUUAUGGCUUAAGAGACAUCCGCAGCACCCGGGACAUGCGAGAAGCCAACACCUCAGCGGCCUGUUUGGAGUUCAAAUGCAGCGGCAUGUUGUUUGAUCAAGCUGAGGUGGACCGAUCCAUCAUCUCAGUGCUUCCACAGGGGAAUUGUCGCAAAACCAACACCAACAGCCUCCUCCAGGAGUACCUCAUCAAACAUCCACCGGUCGCUCCAAACAACGACACCCAUGGGUUCACCAUGCUGGCACCCGUCGAUCCUUUGGGACACAACUAUGGCAUCUACACAGUCACAGACCAGAACCCCAGGGUGGCCAAGGAGAUUGCUAUUGGCCGCUGCUUUGACGGCACCUCGGAUGGUUUCUCCAGGGAGAUGAAGACAGACUCUGGAGUGGCGCUGACCUUCAGCUGUCCAGAGAGGAAAAUUAACAGAGAAAGCCUUUUCCAACGCCUGCAGAACAACCCGUCUCAGACUCUGGCCCAGAUGGGGAGGAGCAUGAGGGAGUCGGAGGGUAUGCAGGCGCAGAGAUUACCCACCCGGAUAGUGGCCUAUCCUUCAGAGCAGCAGGGCAGGACCCAGAAUCGCAGAGUCACCUCUACAACCAGAAGAAGAGUGUCCAUGCGCACACAGCAGCGGCAAUAGAUCUCCAAGCUCUUCCGCCAAGACUGAUUUGAUGCCGUCGAAUCAGGGAAGUAAAAGUUGCCUCGUCUGUUCAUGAGUAUGAACUCCCUCUUGACUAUGGAAACCACCAAACGGAGGCAGACAGCAAUUCAGCAAAAUCAAUGAGUGGUUGAAGAUAUUCAUUAUACUUACUUGAAGGGUUUGGUAUAUUAAUUUCUUCCUUCCCUCGGAAAAGACUUGCGUCAUUUGACUGUGUGUAGCGCUGUGACUGGCAUUCGCUUAAUUAGCUUUGGUCUCAUUUUAUGUAUGAAUAGACUGAAUUGACGUUUGAGAAUGUAACUUUUAUAGUUCUAAUCUGUGGCAUUCCACUUUUUUUUUGCAGACGUCUUUCAACACGAGUUGAAACCAAACAUUUGUAAACUGUAAAAUACUACGCCAGGCCCCAAACACUUCAUAAUUAGCCGUUGCUUUCCACUGAACUGUUCUUCAAGGUCAGAAAGACAAAAAAAAAACUUUUCAGUUGUUUUUGUACAAACUGGGAAAAGUCUCUCCACCUAAAGCGAUGAGGCGAGGCGUGCCACCCAGGGAACAGAGGAUGUUUUCAGUCAUGCUUCUUAAUGUUUUUUCAUUAGCGUGCCACAUUGCCGAACAUCCUUUCACACCUAGUUACAAUGUGCUAGACCAGGGCCUCCGCCAAGACAAGCAUAAAUCUCGCCAGUGGUCCAAAAUGACCUGACAGCUGAUUGAGACGUAUGGCACAAUUCCCUUCUGUCCUCUGCAUAUUCCAAAUUAACCACACCAAAGAAACAUUUCUUAAAAGUAAAUAGUCCCAAAAUAUGUCACGUCCUCAGAAAACCUUUCGCAGACUCCUUCGGGGUCCAACUUUGUUUUUUUGUUGUUGGGUAAUGUGCUUGUGAGCUGCCUUUGUAUCUUGUGCAAUAACUAUAUAAUUUAACUUAAGAAUUCUUAAAGAUCAGCAUGUAACCAAUUAAUAAAUCAAAAGUGCUGCUGGGGAACGAAGCAACAGCUCCUUCAGUACGCGUGGCAGAUAGUGUGGUGAAGGUGUUUUGUAUGAGACCUUGCACAGGACAAAUCAUUUAACUCCUAUGUAAUCAUUCUUCAACUCUCUGAACUGCCAAGAGUCUAUUAAUCGUUUCAUACUUUGCUGCAUGACUCAGUUGAUUUUCUUCUUUUUUUGUACAAUUUUACAUUACAGUAAUCUUUUUUCUCUUGUCUCUCAGAGGAGCCUUCUCUCCAUUAACAAAACCCCCACUGUAUGAUCUGACACAAGAGAAAAGCCUGUUAAUUUAUUGGCCAUGUUACUGUCACCGUGAGUGACAAUUUAAAAUGUACAUCUUAAUACUAAAGAUAUUAAGACAGAUUAUUAGAACUUGUUUAUCUGCAAAAUGAGGACUUGCAGACCCCCGGGGAAGAGCUCCUCAAGCUGAACUAAUCCAAAAGCAUGUACUGUAAGGGGGGCCGCGGUCCACAGAGGAACCAGGAGAGGCUUACGAGUAAAUAUAAGUCUGCUGUUAAUUAGAAAAAUAAAUGCCACAUCCUCUUGAGAACUAUUAAAACAGUUUGACCCUGACUUUCACAAACAGCCAAACAAGUUAAUUUCCAGGAUGCACAGGAUGAAGUCGAGUCAUCAACAAUAUACCGGGCACAGGGGGAUGGUGGUGUCAAACAAAUUCACCAUUAAUUCACCACUGUACAUGCAACUCCAUUUAAGCCCGAUUACAUUUUGUAUUCCCAAUGUGCCACAGAUUUAUUGUUUAAAAGGUGUGCUUAAAAGUUGCCAAUGUGAAGUUGUGUGUAUAAAAAGGACCCUCCUCCUCUGGUGAAACCCAAUGCGGCCAUGUUUUAGAACAAAUGUGUACGCUAGUUAACGGAAGAAUGAAUUACACGUUCGUCAAUUUGAAAACAUAAUUGUACAACUCAAGAAAGUCGCAGGUAGUCAUGAAGACACCUCAGUGAACACAGAGGCAUCGUACGUGACUUUUCACAGUCUUAUAUUUAUACCGUUUUUUUUCCAACAGAACUGCACGAACAAUCCUAUGACAAACUGCUCCUUUCCUGACUUGCACGAUUGCCUUUUAAAUGGACAGAUCUGUGUAAUUCAUGGCACAAUUCAAACAUAUUUUGUCUUAAAGUAAGGUCCCAUGGUGGACCACCGAAAGAGUACCGUGAACCCAACAAUUGUACUUGGCUCCACAUCAAGAAAAAAAACUAUUUCCCCUUAUGUAGUCGGAGCUGCACACCCCAGAAAACCAGUAAUACAGGGAGACAACAUGUGAUACCAUCGCUAAUCCCAGGCCUGUGGGCUGCCCACCACUCACCAGUUCAGAUAUCCAGAUCACAACAAACAUCUCCAUGUAGCAGACGUAUAGCAUCCACCCUGUUGGGGAAAAAGAAAAAGCUGAUGAUGGAGUCCAGGUGUUGGAUGAAAUAAGUAAGUCCUGGCCAAAUGCAGUGGUUGUGUGAGGUCAGCUGAGGAGGCCCAACAGCUGGAGUGAAAUGUUAGAGCGAAGACAUCAAGAGAACUAAGAGCGAGAUUAUCAAGUGAUGGAUUUAAUCAUUUUUGGGGAACUGUUUUGGUAAAGUAGAAAAAAAAGUAACAUAUUUGUGGUCUUUGGCCUCCCAGUCCAUCACUUACCGAAUCUCAGGCCCUUCAAAAGUGGUUGCACAUGGAAGAAUGCAGUGUUGUUGUUUUUUUGUCCAGGAUCAAGCUUUGACGGGAGAAUGGGCUCAUUGGCGAGGAGAAGUUAUCAGAGGGGUUUUGAAGGACAAGGUAACAAUAACAGGCCGAGUAAACCAUUAUGCGAGGCUUCGAAAUGGGAAAGUGAGCCGGGCUCUCCAGACAGUUACUCCGUCUUCUGGGGGAAGUUCAAAAGGGAGAUUAAGGAACCUGUGCGAAGUUUGGCUUUGGCGACUUAAGAGCAUGUCUCCAAAGUCUUCGGAAAUCAAAAGAAAGGGGAGUUUGAGCCCGAAUCAAAACGUGGAAAGAAAAAUGUUUAUCUCGUUGAACUGGCAGUAGGAGCACGGCAACCGUUUCAUCUCCCUGGGGGAAUCGCUGGCCGUCAAUAUUAUGCAUACGGCUUCAUCUAAAUUAGUUUUAAACCUUUUUAAAAAAGGAACAGUUUGAGAUUGUGGGGCUUUCUUGCGGAGCGUCCGACGAGACAAUCGGUCGCACCCUCAUUUCUGU